GCCGCCCCCGAGGCACACCGAGCAGCCUGGCGGCCGCGCCAGCAAACUUUCCCAGGAGCCAGCACCGGGAGUGAGUCAUAACUGGCAGCUGCUCUGGCACCAAUGACCUUCCCCAAUUCCUCCUGCCUCUUAGAAGACAAGAUGUGUCAGGGAAACAAGACCACCAUGGCCAGCCCCCAGCUGAUGCCCCUGGUGGUGGUUCUGAGCACCAUCUCCUUGGUCACAGUGGGGCUCAACCUGCUGGUGCUGUAUGCUGUACGGAGUGAGCGGAAGCUACACACUGUGGGGAACCUGUACAUCGUCAGCCUCUCGGUGGCAGACCUGAUCGUGGGUGCUGUCGUCAUGCCUAUGAACAUCCUCUACCUGCUCAUGUCCAGAUGGUCGCUGGGCCGUCCUCUCUGCCUCUUUUGGCUUUCCAUGGACUAUGUGGCCAGCACAGCAUCCAUUUUCAGUGUCUUCAUCCUGUGCAUUGAUCGCUACCGCUCUGUCCAGCAGCCCCUCAGGUACCUGAAGUAUCGCACCAAGACCCGAGCCUCAGCCACCAUUCUGGGGGCCUGGUUUCUCUCCUUUCUGUGGGUUAUUCCCAUUCUAGGCUGGAAUCACUUCAUGCGGCAGACCUCGGUGCGCCGAGAGGAUAAGUGUGAGACAGACUUCUAUGAUGUCACCUGGUUCAAGGUCAUGACUGCCAUCAUCAACUUCUACCUGCCUACCUUGCUCAUGCUCUGGUUCUAUGCCAAGAUCUACAAGGCUGUCCGGCAACACUGCCAGCACCGGGAGCUCAUCAAUGGAUCCCUCCCUUCCUUCUCAGAAAUUAAGCUGAGGCCAGAGAACCCCAAGGAGGGUGUCAAGAAACCAGGGAAGGAGUCUCCCUGGGAAGUUCUGAAAAGGAAGCCAAAAGAUGCUGGUGGUGGAUGUAUCUUGAAGUCACCAUCCCAAACCCCCGAGGAGAUGAAAUCCCCAGUUGUCUUCAGUCAAGAGGAUGAUGGUGAGGUGGACAAACUCCACUGCCUCCCACUUGAUAUUGUGCAGAUGCAGACUGUGGCAGAGGGGAGUAGCAGGGACUAUGCAGCCAGCAACCAAAGCCAUGGCCAGCUCAACAUGGAAGAGCAGGGCCUGAACACGCAUGGGGCCAGUGAGAUGUCAGAGGAUCAGAUGUUAGGUGAUAGCCAAUCCUUCUCUCGAACAGACUCAGACACCACCACAGAGACAGCACCAGGCAAAGGCAAAUUGAGGAGUGGGUCUAACACAGGCCUGGAUUACAUCAAGUUUACUUGGAAGAGGCUCCGCUCACAUUCGAGACAGUAUGUGUCUGGGUUGCACAUGAACCGUGAAAGGAAGGCCGCCAAACAGUUGGGUUUUAUCAUGGCAGCCUUCAUCCUUUGCUGGAUCCCUUACUUCAUCUUCUUCAUGGUCAUCGCCUUCUGCAAGAACUGUUGCAAUGAACAUUUGCACAUGUUCACCAUCUGGCUGGGCUAUAUCAACUCCACACUGAACCCCCUCAUCUACCCCUUGUGCAAUGAGAACUUCAAGAAGACUUUCAAGAGAAUUCUGCACAUUCGCUCCUAAGGGAGACUCCAAGGGGAUGCAACAAAGUGAUCCUUAUGAUGUCCAACAAGGAAAUAAGGACAAAGGCCUGUGUGUUGCCAGGCAGGCACCUGGGCUUCUUGGAAUCCAAACCACAGUCUUGGGGGCUGGGUAGUUUGGAAAGAUCUUAGGCACCAUGGAAGAACAGCAGAUGGCUGUGAUCAGCAGAGAGCUUGAACUUUGAGGAGGAAGCAGAAUCUUUGCAAGAGAAUUAGACCUGUUUCUUAUAACUGGGUUCAAAA